GGCUCUCGCUCUCACAUUCACACCCGUAGAUAUGACACUUUUUGAGCUUUAAUAAAUAAUAACAAAUAUUUAAUUUACUGAUUAAUUAAUUAGUUUUUAUACUUCUUGAAUUCUUUAUAUUCUUUUACAAGUUUAGCAUAAGUUUUAAUCUUAACUUUUAUUUAGAUUCUUGAAAAACUUACGUUUACUGUUUCUCUAAACACAAUAUUUUGAUUUUGCAUGGUUACCAACCAAACUAAACUUAAAUCGAUUUAAAUCUGACACUUAAGUUGUAUUUGUUAAUAUUAUUAGAAUCAAUUAGAAUUUUCUUUAGUAUCAUGUGAAAAUUUCUUAAUAAAAUGUUCCAAGAGUACUUUCUAACGUAUCAUAAAGAAGAAUUGACAAAGAUUCUUACAGCAGCUCCUGAAGAAAUCAAGCACUUGUCCUUAAACAUAAGUUUCGUAAAACUAUUUGAAAAUGAUCCAAAGCUAGGUAACAUGAUUUUAAAAGAUGCUGAAAAAGUUUUGGAAAGCCUGGACGAAGCUUUGGUUAAUAUACAAAACAUUUUAGCAGUCAACUUAAAUACCACUGAAAUUUUAGAAAAAGUUGUUCAUACCAGAGUGUAUGGCUUGCCCUCUUGUCAUGAUCAACAUAGAAUUUCAAUUCCCAGAAGUAUUGAUUUGCACUUGUUUUUACAAAUAACUGGUUCUGUGGUACGAACAACCCUUGUAAAAAUGCUAGAAUUUCGCAGAGAUUACAAAUGUUCGAAAUGUAAAUAUCAAAUGACAGUCAAUGCAGUAUAUGAGCAGAAAUAUAUAAUUUUUCCACCAAAGAAAUGUCUAAAUCCUGAAGGGUGUGGAAAUUUAAAUAUUAUUCCUUUAAAUUGUUUGGAUGCCAGUAAUUGUAAAGACUUCCAGGAAAUAAAAAUUCAAGAGCAGGUUUCUAAAUCUAGCUUGGGAAAUAUGCCUAGUUCAAUGUGGGUAACUCUAGAAGAUGAUUUAGUUGAUAUUUGUAAACCGGGUGAUAGUAUUACAGUGUGUGGGAUUUUAAAAAGUAGAUGGGACCCACUAAUUGUAAAUAAAACGAUUUCUGCUGAGUUAAUCUUGAAAGCAAAUCAUUUACAAGUAAAUAAUGCACAAAGUUCAUCUGUUUUGGUUACACCAGAUAUAAAAAACUUUUUUCACUCUUUUUGGAAAAAAUACAGAAAUCGGCCUCUCCUAGGACGUGAUAUUAUAAUAAAGUCUAUCUGUCCUCAGAUUUAUGGUCUUCACACUGUUAAAUUAGCUGUAGGAAUGGUGCUAGCUAGUGGCUCCCGAAUGCAAAACAUUCAAGAAACAGGUGUCAGAACAAGAUCUGAGUCGCAUUUAUUACUCGUCGGAGAUCCAGGUACAGGGAAAUCCCAAAUUUUAAAAUUUGCCGCCAAAAUUAUACCGCGAUCGGUGUUAACAACUGGGGUCGGUUCCACAUCCGCAGGGUUAACUGUUACUGCAAUUCAGGAAAAUGGAGAAUGGCAGUUGGAAGGGGGUGCUCUAGUCCUUGCCGAUGGAGGGAUUUGUUGUAUUGACGAGUUUAAUUCUAUGAAAGAACGCGACCGAACUAGCAUACAUGAAGCAAUGGAGCAGCAAACUAUUAGUGUUGCUAAAGCCAGUAUUGUGUGCAAAUUAAGCACCCGUUGUUCCAUUUUGGCUGCAAUUAAUCCAAAAGGUAAUUUCGAUUUGGGCCAGCCCUUAUCCGUAAACGUUGGCGUACCAAGUCCGCUCUUGAGCCGUUUUGAUGUCAUAUUGAUUCUGAAAGAUAUUGUAGACGUCAAAUGGGAUGAAGUGGUUUGCGAUCAUAUACUCGACCGGUUGAAGAAAAAAGGAAAAAACGAUCCAGAAACAUGGGGAAUUAAUUUAUUGAGAGCGUAUUUUUCUUACAUAAAAGACAUUCAACCAAAUUUAACUCCUCAAGCAAACAGGAUUUUAAGCAAUUAUUAUCAAGCUCAAAGACGAAGCUUUGCUAAAAAUAGAGUCACCGUCAGAUUGCUAGACAGCUUAGUUAGAUUAUCUAAGGCGCAUGCUAGAUUAAUGUUUCACACCGAAGUGCACGUUAUGGAUGCAGUAAAUGCAGUUAUUAUGAUGGAGUGUUCAAUGCAUGGUGCUAUUUUGAACUUAAACGUGAACAGUUUGCAUUCACCGUUCCCUAAAGAUCCAAUGCAGUCUUAUAAUCAACUGGCAAGAUCAAUUUUAGAAAAACUAGAACUAGUUGAAAUUUUGAACGAUGAAUUAAUGAAAUUAGCUGAACAAAAGGCGUCUGAAAAUGAUCCCACAGUGUCUUUUGAAAAAGAAACCAGAGAAGGUGGUCGAUUACUAUCACGAUUAAAUCUUAAUUAUGAGAAAAUAAAACAUAGCGAAAGCUAUAGUGACCAAAAUGACUCUUUUGAAAUCAACAAAGAAACUAGAGAAAGCAUUGAUGUUUCAGAAAAGAAUAAAAAAACAAUUACAAAUAACCAAACGAAUCCCUUUGAAGACAGUGAAAGUGACGAAGAAAAUAGAAAAUGUGAUAUAGUUGAUUUUAAAAUUGUUAAAAAAAUUAAUGGUAAAACAGUAGAUAAAGAAAAAAUUGUAAGGGAUAAUUCAGUUUCCGAAUUAUUAAAAAAAAAUACAUUUAAAGAGCAGUGUGAUGUGCCUAUCAAAGAUACUAACAGUAAUAGUAAUAAUUCAGAGGAGCUUGCAAAUACUUUAAAGAAGAGUACAAGAGAACAAGUAAGCGACAAUAAAGAAAUGAGUACUAACGAUAAAAAAAGUACAAAAGACUUUCUAUCAAAAUUUAAAUUUACCAAAAAAGUGCGUAAUGAAGAUAAUAAAUCUAAAACAUCAGCUUUAAAACCGGUUGUAGAAAAUAAAAAUACUUCAAUAUUUGUAAUAGAGAGCAGUAAUUUGCAAGAUAAAAUUAAUGACAUCGAUUGUAAAGACAAUAAAAAUGAAGACGCAAAUAAAAAGAAUAGCAACGAUUCGACGUCCUAUAAAAAGAAGAAACCUAAAUGUAAAAGAAAAAGAAAUAUUGACGAAUUUGAUGCUUCGCUUAAAAAGGAGAAAAGGGCGAAAGGAAAACGUUUCGAUUCUGAUGUGGAAAUUGACAUAGAAAAUGAUAUUGAUUGGAAUCUUGGUGGAGUUACUGACGAGAAAGAAAAAAAGGUUUUUCCAUUAAAUAAUGAAACUUUGCCUUCACUUGAAAUUGUUAGAAAUAGUGCAAUACCAUCUCAAAGUUCGUCACGAGGGUUGUUUGAAUUCGAAGACGAUAAUGUUGAAGAUUGGGACUUGUGAAGAGACAAGUGAGAAAGAAAAGUCAUUUUCCAUUUAAAGAAAUGCAUUCUUCAUUCUGAGAAAUACAUAUAUGAUACUAUGAAAAAAGAAAUACCAAUAAUAUUGGGUAAUACGAUAUUCUGAGAAAGUAGAAAUUCAAAAUAGCUUAAAAAUAAAGAUGAUAAACCAGUAAAAAGGAUUAAGAAGGAAAUUGUAUGUAACCUUACUUAUCAUAAUGUCACGAAUAUUAUUAUUAUUAUCUCUAUGGUUCCUUCCUUCUUUAGAUGUUUAAAUAAUAUUGCCACGAAAUUUUAAAAAUCAAAUUCAAACACAAACAUAAUCCGUAGGACCGUAGAAAAAAGUGUAAACUAAUUAAAAAGUACAGCUUGAACAUUGAAAUUUGUAGUUUCAUGAGUACAAUAAAUCGUCUGUGAUGGUGAAGGUAUCCUUCUUAUGGGGCUUCACAUACUUACUUUCACCAUGGGAUAAGGAGGAAUAUUACACAGACUCUGGACAUUAAGUGGAGUUGGGCAGUAAUUGUAGCAGUCCUCAUUUCAAUCCAGAAUCAAGCAGUGUCUUUUUAUCCAUUGAAAACAGAAACAACAAGGAAGCAUAAAAACUUGGGAUGACAUGUGUUAUGAAACAUUGGGUUUCUCUUUCACUCUGCAAAGUAGCAGUACCUGAAGGUCCUUUUUUGGCAUUGGGAACGGAAACAAUGUGCUAUUGUUAAAAGAAAGAUGUAUGACAUGAAUUGAUUGUUCAACAAAUGAGAGGAAGUUGAAGUUCAUGUUGGUCGUUCUGAAACAGCCAUUGUCUACAUGGGUGUGGUCUUUGGUGAACUAUAUUCUUGAUUUGCUGUUUUCGUCUUCGCUUAGCAUCAUUAUGCAGUUAGUUUUGAACUGAUGAGUGAGAACAAGUGGAUAUUUAUUUGAUUUCCAUUGGAAUAAGGAAUUUUCUGCAUUGGCAUUAUUCCUGGAUUUUGUUUGCUUUUCAC